GUCGGGUUCGGGAAGCUGGCGUCCUGUGUAGAGUUUCCCGGAGCUGGAGCGGACGCAGCGGAGCUUAAGGCUUCAGUUCAGGCACUGAAUGGCUCGCCUUCAGUUGGCUCCACGCCCACAUGCGGACAUCAUGCUUCCUUUUAACAAAAUGGAAGCUUCAGAACUCCAUUCAAGUAGGCAAACUGCUUACGAACAAAGCAGCUCUACCCAUCAGUCUUCGCUGGAGCACCUGAAAAACAACUUCCAGCAAAAGCUUCUAAGAGACAAAGAAGAGAAGCUGGAGAAUAUCUUUACUCAUAACGGGCAGAACACCUUUACUAAAGCCCAUAGCUAUCCUUCUUCUCAUUCUGCAGAAAACAGCCAACAGGAUUCGGGAAACAAUCAGGAGGGUUCAGGAAAUGGGGAUUUUUAUUCAGUUGGGGUCCAUACGAGACACACCAAAACAGAUAACCAAGAAAACACAAUGCCCUUCACAAAGAAGAGAGCUGGUGUGGAUCGUGCCUAUCCCCUCAAACCAGUGUUUCACCGAAAAUCACUGAGUGCUACUCACAUUGGGAUUGACUCCCGAAACUUCUCCCAGAAACCCUCUGAAUCAAAAGAGGUCCCGCUCAGGCACUUCAGUUCACGGAAUAGGGGGAAUUCAUCUUCAACUAAGAUGCUCCUUGCUCCCCUACCAGUGGUUCAGCCCAAAACAUUCUGGUCAAAUCCAGACAGAACUGAGCUAAUGCAGAUUCAAAAACUGGAGGCAGCAGGUGAGAGCUUAGAGGAAGAGAUUCGGAGAAAAGAGACUCUCCUAAGGGAAAAAUUGAAGAAGACUGAAGAAGAACUUAGAAGGAUCCAAAAAGAAAAGGAACAGGUAGAAGAAGAAGGAAAAAAAGAGCUACAAAGAAAGACAUUUCCAAGGAGAAGAGGCACAGGUGGUAGCAGCAGCAUUUCCAAACUCAUCUCACCAGAAUUCAGGUCUGAAGAGGUCUUCAGUAGUUGUAGCAGAAGUGAUGAAACCUGGGAACGGUCCCUAGAGAAUUCUAGUCCAUCCUCAGUAUGUUCCCAGUUCUUCAAUCAUGGAGUACAAAGACUCAGAAAGGAAAGAUUAGUGGCAAGUAACAGUAAAAUCCAAGACCAAACUUCAGUAUCAUCCCCUGAGCUGUUUUCACAACAUCAACAAGAUCCUGACAAUUCUUUACCCAAAUCCCCCAGUUAUAGUUCAUCUCAGCUAUCAGUCUCUUCAGGUUCCAGUUCUUCAACUGAAGAACCAGAGCUUGGUGAGUGCACCUACUGUGGACGAAAGUUUCUCUUGCUAAGGCUAGAGAAACACACAAAUGUCUGUAGCAAGACCCAGGGUUCUAAGAGGAAAGUGUUUGACUCAUCCAAGGCCCGGGCUAAAGGCACUGAACUAGAACAAUACCUGACCUGGAAAGGCCCAACUCUAGCCAAGCCACAGCCACCAAAGAAGAGUAAUUGGCGACAAAAACAUGAAUCUUUCAUCCGAACUCUCCGUCAGGCCCGUGAAUUGCAGCAGGUAAUUGCCCGGGGUGGAAAUCCCUCUGACUUGCCUCCCGUGCCACCUGCAGAAAACCCUGACUAUAUCCAGUGCCCCCACUGCAGCCGCCACUUUGCCCCUAAGGUGGCUGAGAGGCACAUUCCAAAAUGUAAGACCAUCAAGAACCGACCUCCUCCUCCACGGAAGCGCUGCUGUUGAAAAGGAAUCACCCAAGAACCUCCGGGUGGCCCUGUGAGCAACACCUUCUCUUCAGUAGCCCACAGGAGUAGAACUGGGUGAAACUAGAAAGGAAUAGGACUUUAUAUCUCCCCAACCUGGCUGCAUUGCCAGAAUUGGUGAGGAACUCCAUUUCUAAGCAAGGAGAAGAAAGCUUCAGGUUCUCACUGAACUGUAAAUUUAGGCGAAGCUCAAGUGCCUUACAUUAUUUCCAUGGGAAGUGAGACUUAAGAGCAAUGAAAAGACUAAAUUAAAGCCCUCUCUUCUUGAAAGUCUGACUUGUGAUUUGUGACAGAUAAAGAGUACUCAUUUGGGUGUCUUUUCACACGUUUAUUGUUCUUGUUAACUCUUCUUGCAGUCAUCUAACAACGUGGUAGUCUUAAGUGACCCGUUAACAUGGUAUGCUGCCAGAUGAGAAUAAUCAUAGCCAAUAUCUCUUUUAAAAUGACAAGAUUCUUCUCUGAGUCAUUAAUUUGAUACUAGGAAUCCAAGAACCUGCAGUGAAUGUAAUGCUGUUUCUGAUCUCAUUGGAACAUACUCUGUAAAUAGGUUCUGUGUAUUUCAGGAUGUCUGUGAAAACUUAAGUUUUAUGGCUAUCACUUUUAAAUCAGUUUCAGAUAAGACUUUUAUUAUAAUUUUUCCCCACGUUUUCAAUUUGAAUAUUUUAAAGUAUUAAAAAACCCCUGAAUCAGACCAUAUAGCUCUUCUCUCUCACCACAGUAACAAAAUCUACAGUCUUAGGGGGCUGGAACAUCAACUAGCUUAAAAUGUCACAUGAAUACUUUCAGGACAACUGUUUUAGUCAUUUCUGCUUAUUAUCUGUGUCGUGUUUUAUGCUUUAGAGUGUAAGCUCCAAUGGAGCAGGACUGACCAUAUCUUUGUAAUUUUCAAUUAAAUAGUGCCUAGGUACAACACAACAAAUUACAAUAAAAAUUGUAAUGCUGACAAACACACUAA